AGAAAACAUAAAAUGACUGGGAUUGGGUCACAAAGUGUCGAAAUGUGGAACAAAAUGUGAUCAAAGUGAUCCCCAACAUGCUGGAAGGGACAUGAAGCCAGUUGACAGAAAACGGUCCGCAAAAUAAGGUUCAGAGUGAGACGUCUUCGUUUUCCGCCCCUCUCUGCUGAAAAUCGUUCCACUACGUCAAGUCGUCCGGUCCGCUCGGCGAAGAUGUCUGCGACGGGCUCAGGCGGACCCGGACCGGGACCCGGACCCAGCUCAGGGACCGGGUCCGGGGCCUCCAACCCCCGAAAGUUCAGCGAGAAGAUCGCGCUGCACACCCAGCGGCAGGCCGAGGAGACGGCCGCCUUCCAGGAGGUGAUGAUGGACAUCAGCUCGACCAGGCUUCAGGCCCAGAAACUGCGUCUGUCUCGGAACCAGGGUCCGUACUAUGGCGGCUCCUUACCCAAUGUGAACCAGAUCGGCAGGAACCCUCAGGACUUCCAGGGGUCCUUCCAGUCCACUCUGGAGUCCAACCGUCUGACUCGGCAUCACGGUCUGGUGGAGCGGGUCCAGAGAGACCGCCGCUUCAUCUCGCCGGUCCGACCGUACCGCAACCGCCAAGUGGACAACUCUCUGUACAACUCAGCGUACCUGUCUCCGCCUCCUGACGCUAGCUGGAGAAGGAACUGGUCUGGAAACUUCCCCGGAGAUAAAAGCCAGUUGUUUCGUCUCCCCACCACCGCGCUAAACAGGACCAACUCUGACUCCGCCCUCCACACCAGUGUGAUGAACCCCCCCAUGGGAGACCCCUUCACCAUGGGAGGACCUUCCUUCACCUCCCAGAGCAACAGACACAGCGGUCACACAGAAGGAGAGAGCAGGAGAAUGUUCCCGUACCCGGUUCCUCCCAUCGAGGAGAACGUGUUGGACGACAGCAAAGUGUUGAAGCUGUGGGACUCAAACAAA